AUGCUCCUCUUCUGUGUGCGCCGCUUAUUAACCCUUUGGUUCUGCUCCUAUACCCCGUCCAAGAUGCCACAAUCUCUGUGCAAUGAGCCCUGUGUCACAGGAUACAGGAAAGCUAAAAUAGAAGGGAAGCCAUCUUGUUGUUAUGAAUGUGUCAAGUGUGCAGAUGGGGAAAUGUCCAACACAACAGAUGCACUCAACUGUUUUAUAUGCUCUGAAUAUCAGAAGUCUAAUAAGCGGAGAACAGAAUGUGUCCUGAAAGACAUAGACUACCUUUCCUAUAAAGAUACCCUGGGGGCCAGUUUAACAUCUAUGACUUUGAUUCUCUUCAUCACAGCUUUUGUCGUUUUGGGAAUAUUUAUGAAAUAUUGUGACACUCCUAUUGUGAAGGCCAAUAACCAAAAUCUUAGCUUCCUCCUCCUCAUCUCUCUCAUGUUGUGUUUCCUUUGUACUUUAUUAUUCAUUGGGCGUCCAACGAAGUUAUGUUGUCUCCUCCGGCAAGUCAAUUUUGGUAUUCUGUUUACCACUUCUAUUUCUAUUGUGUUGGCUAAAACUCUCACAGUUAUAAUUGCCUUCAAUGCCACAAAGCCUGGGAGCAAGCUGAAGAAGUAUGUAGGAACCCAACUGGCCAUCACAGUAGUCAUUGUAUGUUGUUUAGGCGUGAUGAUCAUCUCAACUGUGUGGAUGGCUUCAAAUCCUCCAUUUCUGGAGGCUGAUACAUUGUCUGAAACUGACACCGUACUUUUAAUGUGUAAUGAAGGAUCUGUGUUGUUUUUCUUCAGUGUAAUUGGUUACAUGACUGCUCUGGCUCUGUUCAGUUUCAUUGCUGCAUUUCUAGCCAAGGAUUUCCCUGACCGAUUUAAUGAGGCUAAAAACAUCACUUUCAGUAUGUUGGUGUUCUGUAGUGUGUGGGUGACAUUUGUCCCUGCAUACCUGAGCAGUAAGGGGAGUAGAAUGGUGGCAGUUGAGAUAUUUGCCAUGUUAUCUUCCAGUGCUGGAUUAUUGGGCUGUAUAUUUGUUCCUAAAUGUUAUAUUAUUUUUUUUAAGCCAGAACAGAACAAAAGAAAAUUGUAAAAUUGUCCCUUCAUUUGUUCUAAUAGAAUA